GUUCCCCACUGGGUGACGUCACGGGGUGAGAGGUCGGCUGCACAGUAGCUAUGGCCGGCUGUUCCGGGGUACCGGGGCUAGGAGCGGCGCUGCAGGUGCUCCUGGCCGGGGCCGUGUGGCUGGUGGCCGCGGAGAAGACGCUGUACGGACCGCAGGACGCCGGCAUCUCCAUACUGGAGCGGAAAUCGGUGCCCGGCGCCCUGUAUAACUCAUCCUCCGCCUGGCUGCUGGAGUUCUAUUCCUCCUGGUGCGGACACUGCAUCAACUACGCCCCCACCUGGCGGGACCUGGCCUCGGAUGUGCUGGACUGGAAUCCCGCAGUGCGGAUCGGAGUGUUAAACUGCGCCGACGAGGAGAAUACCGCCAUCUGCAAAGAUUAUGGCGUCCAGUUCUAUCCAACGUUUCGGUUCUUUGGGGCGUUUACGAAAGACUUCACUCAAGGAGAAAACUACAAAGCGGAAGCUGACAGAGAGGUGCCAACCGUCCGACAUGUCAUCAUUGAUUACCUGGAGAGCCUCCCUGCCGAGCACAGACCCCCGGCGUGCCCGUCCCUCCAGCCAAUCAGCUCCGGUGACAUCACUUCUCUUCUUACCCAGAAGGAGCCCCAUUACACCGCCAUCAUCUUUGAGAGCGAGACCUCCUACGUUGGACGUGAGGUGAUCCUGGACUUGAUGCAGUUUGAGAACAUUGCGGUGCGGAGGGCGCUGAACUCAGACAAGGCCAUGUUGGAGAAGCUCGGCGUUGUUUCAGUUCUGUCCUGUUACCUGAUCUACCCGAACGCUUCACAUGGAUUAAUUAACAUUGUGAAGCCCCUGCGCUCUGUGGUCUCCUCUCAUUUGAAGUCCUUGCCAGGGGUAAGGAAGAAAGCCGGGGCUCACUCAGCGCUACCCGAGAGGCUCCCCAGCGAGGACAAAGAGGAAGACGUGGCAUGGAAGGACUACGAUAAGUCCAAGUUGUAUGCAGCCGACCUGGAGUCCUCCUUACAUUACCUGCUCCGGGUGGAACUUGCCACUCACCAGACGCUGGAAGGAGAGAAGCUGAAAACCUUCAAGGAUUUUGUCAUCCUGCUGUAUAAGUUGUUCCCAGGGCGCCCCCAUGUGGUAAAACUUCUGGAAACGCUGCAGGAGUGGCUCGUCAGUAUGCCGCUGGACAAGAUCCCUUAUGAUGCCAUCUUGGACCUGGUCAACAACAAAAUGCGGAUCUCUGGAAUCUACCUCACAAACCACGUGGAGUGGGUCGGCUGCCAGGGGAGCAGGGCACAGCUGAGAGGAUACCCCUGCUCCCUCUGGAUGCUGUUUCACAGUCUCACAGUGCAGGCGGCGGCGCAGCCAGAUGCCCUGAGCAACACAGAGUUUGAAGGCGACGCUCAGGCAGUGCUGAAAACCAUGAGAGGAUACAUCAGGGAGUUUUUCGGAUGCCGGGAAUGCGCCCAGCACUUUGAAGCCAUGGCCAAGGAAUCGGUGGACAGCGUGAAAACGGCGGAGGAGGCGGCGCUGUGGCUGUGGAGAAAACACAACGUGGUCAACAAGAGGCUGGCCGGUGCUCCAAGUGAGGAUCCAAAAAGCCCGAAGCUAGAGUGGCCAACGCCCGACCUGUGCCCUGCCUGCCACGAGGAGGUAAACGGGCUUCACAGCUGGAAUGAAAAGGAAGUCCUCGCCUUCCUCAAGCGGCACUACGGCGCCAAAGAGAUCUCCCUACAGUACGCCGAUCCUAACGAGGAUGCGAAGAACGACAACCUUCACGCCAAGGAUCCCGGAGGAGGCGCCGACUCCGGCCUGAAGAAGCCACACGACCAGCCGAUUGUCAGACCGGACUUCAUAGACAAGCUGGUUCCAAAACCUAUCGAAAAGGAGAAAAGCUCCGAGCACCAGGAGGGCAACAAGAUGUCCGUCAGCUUCCUGGGCCUUGGCUUCUCCAACAUAGACAUGAGCCUGUGUGUGGUUCUCUACAUCACCUCCUCCUUAUUUUUAAUGAUCAUGUAUUUCUUUUUCAGAGUUCGGUCCAAAAGAUGGAAAAUCAGGUAUAACCGGCCACAUGUAUAAUUUUUUUAAUUUUUUUUUUUAUUUAAUUUUACCCACCCAGUUGACCAUUUUUGACUCCCCAGAGUUUUUGUACUAAUUGCUUUAAUAUAUGUAUGUAUCAUGAUCAGGGACCGAUGUAUUUGGAUGCGUUUGUACGAGAUUAGAAAUGGGGUCAGCUUUAUUUUUUCAAAAACAGUGCCACUCCUGACCCAUAGGCUAAGUCUGGUAUUGCAGCUCAGCUCCAGUCACUCACUGCAGUACUGCAUACAGCUCUGCGGGGGUUAAAUAUGCCCUCUGUCUAAUCUCGUACAACCCCCUUAAUACACAUUUUUAAAAGGGGUUCUUUGGGUGUCUAAUAUCCUCAGGGAUGGGUCAUCAGUACCUGAUCGGUGAGGGGCCUUUUCCAGCACCCUGGACCAUCAGCCGUAAGCACCGCGGCUUCCUAACAGCUUGCCAAGCACAGCGCCGUCCAUUGACGGUGGCUGUGCUUGGUAUUGCAGCUCAUUCCGAUCCACUCGAAUGGGACUGAGCUGCGCCUAGGACCUGUGACCAACGAACGUGAUGUCUCUGUCCUAGAAAGAGGCCACUGCUCUUACAGAGUGCCACAUC